AUGGAGUCCUUUCUACAGAUCGCCCCACACUCCCUGGCCAUAGUACUGAGCAGAAAGGGCUGUGAAGGGGGUGUGGGCACGGGCACCAGCCGUGUGUCUGAGAGCGAGGAGCUGCCCAGACAUCACACUGGGUACGAGAUCUUCGCCGACUUCAAGGCGGAGAACGCACAGCAGCGCGUAUGGAACCAGCGCAUCACCGAGGCCGUGUCCGAGACUUUCUUCCUGGGAUGGAUAGACGAGCAUGUGCUGCUCAUCCAGGGCAAGGAGGACCACCUGGAGGUGCUGCGGGAGGGCUGGAUGCGGAGGUCCCUCAACCCCCCACGGGGUUUCACCAUCAAAUACCUAGGUGAUGUGUCGCCCAUUAGUAUGUCCCCCAUCAGCCAAUCACAGUUCAUCCCUUUGGGAGAAGUACUGCUAUUGGCCAUCUCGGCUAUGAACACCGCCCACAAGCCUGUCACUCAGGAGGCUCUGACAGAACACCUUCAGACAUGCUUCCCAGGCGUCCCCACUCCCACGGAGGAGGUGCUGCACCACACACUGAGCAUGCUCGUCCGUGACCGCAAGAUCUACCCCACAGCAGACGGCUAUUUCAUUGUGACGCCGCAGACCUACUUCAUCACCCCCAGUCUGAUCCGGACCAGCUCCAAGUGGUAUCACCUGGAUGAGCGCUCGGACCGGCACCAGUCCCAGCACCAGUCCCAGCACCAGUCCCAGCACCAGUCCCAGCACCAGUCCCAGCACCAGUCCCAGCACCAGACCCAGCACCAGGCCCAGCACCAGACCCAGCACCAGGCCCAGCACCAGACCCAGCACCAGGCUCAGCAUCAGGCCCAGCAGCUGCAGAGUCACCAGCAGACCCAGUGCACCUCUCCACUUUCCGGGACCAUCACCCCGUCCACAGGGGGGGUCCGAGAACGCACUCACAAGUCUGCUCAGAACCACAGCGAUCCCUUUUACAGCUACAGGGACGACCCUCCCAGUCACCACACCACCCUCCAGAGGCGCUCGCCCAAAGAACACCGCGACUACCCCUCCCCACACUCCCCCCACUCCCCACAGACCCCCCCACAGCCGGCGGGGACCCUUGACAAGAGCAGGACCACCCUCAGCUUCCCCUUCAAGACGGACACGCUGACCAAACACCGGUCUGCGAGCGGAGGGGGGACGGGGAGCUCCACGCAGGGGGACUCUGAGAAGUCAGGCACAGGGGGAAACAUGGGGAGUCGUAAGUUUGGCCUGAAGUUAUUCCGUUUGAGCUUUAAGAAGGACAAAACAAAGCAGCUAGCUACGUUCUCAGCACAGUUUCCACCUGAAGAGUGGCCCCUGAGGGAUGAGGAGGUGCCCAGCCAGCUGCCCCGCCAGGUGGAGAUGGAGAUCAUUAGGAGAAUCAACCCUGACCUCACUGUAGAGAAUCUAGCCCGGCACACGGCCGUCAUGAAGCGACUGGAGGAGGAGCGCGUUCAGAGGAGUAAAGUGUCUUCAGCCAAUCACAGCUCCCGAAGCCGUCGCAGUGGAGGCCGGCAUCGUAAACAAACACAGAGCAAAGCCAGUCGCUCCCACAGUAAGACCAGGGGCUCUCGAGGGGAGCCCAGUGACGGCUCUCACCUGGGGGUGGCUGACAGGGACUACCGCGCCUUCUCCUCCUCGCUCGCCCGAUCGCCGCGAGAGCACGCCCUGGCGAUGGAACGUCAGCGCGCUCGCCUUCACCUCGCCCACAGUAAUCCCAACAUCCUGGAGGCCUCUCACAUGCCAGUCACACCGGAGUGGGACGUGUCUGGAGAGCUGGCCAAAAGAAGAACAGAGAUGCCUUUUCCUGAGCCGAGCCACGGGCCGUCUGCACAACCUUCCAAAGUGCACCGCUCUCACUCCCACACACAGGAGAGGAAGUCCAGGCACGAGCGCAGCGACAAGGCCAAGGAGCGCUCACGUUCCAUGGAUAACUCCAAAGGACCCCUGGGAGCGGGGCUGAUAGGACCUCCAAACUACUUUGACGACCGGAGUCGUUACUACACUGAUGAUGGCACGCUUCGAGUCAAUCAGAGCACUUCACACUACUCUAGGACCACUCCUCCUUCAGCGAAACCUUCUGCUGAUGCUCUAGGGAUGGAUAUAGCCCGAAGCCUAGAGAAGAGUAAGAGCAGAGACAGUCUGCCAGCUUACUCACCCAAAACUUUGGCUACCUCAGUGGCCCCUGAUGACUACUUUCAGUGUUCAGGCUCCUCUGACGCUGUCACAUCACUCAACCCUCUGGGAACUCUAGGUAAAAGUAGCCAUGAAGGCUUAAAACUGGGCAGUACAGACAGACAGGUGGAUAGACAGACACCACACCCAUCAGAACUGAAAGAGGACUUGACAAAGGUUGGACCUAAAGGUGGCAGCUUGCCCCCAAUCCCUCUGUCAGUUCCUGAGUCUCCUCUGACAAAUGGCAGACUCUCUCACAGUGCCUCUUCUGGUCCAGAUAAAAGGAAAGAUAUCUUUAGUAAAGACACUCUUUUUAAGCCCCCUCCCAGUCUGCCCCUACCUGGCUAUAGUUCUUUGAGGAAGCCUGCAGCCCUGGCCUCUACAACUCUGUCGUCAUCAUGUGAUGCUUUAGACUCUCAGGAGGUAUAUGAUGCCCCCAAACCCCUGGUAGCUACCACCUCGGCCCCCCCACAAGGACCCGACUCCACCCCUAGUGCAGCAGAGGCUUCUUUUGACUACUAUAAUGUGUCGGAUGAUGACGAGCUUGACGAGAGCGGAGCAAAAAACCGUGGAGCCACAGAGAAGCCUGGGGAGGGAGGAGUGAGUAAAGGGGGAGGCGCAGGGACCAUGCAGUGGCUCUUGGACCGAGAGAAGGAGCAGGACCUUCAGAGGAGAUUUGAACGAACUCUCACCUUCCCUGGUGCUAAAGACAACCUCCAAGAACCCGGUCCCAACCAGCAGUCCGCACACUCUGCCAGGCUGGACAGCAUGGACUCCAGCUCCGUGACUGUGGACAGCGGCUUCAACUCCCCGCGAACCCGAGAGAGCUUGGCGUCCAACACUUCUUCCAUCGUAGAGAGUAAUCGCAGACACAACCUGGCCCUGAGUCCAGGACAUCUGGGUCUGACUGCAGCCGGUCCUCCUUUCUCCUUCCGCACCAUCUCGGAGUCCACAGGGCCCCAGGCCGACAAGCUCCAGAAGCCCAGUGCCUGCCUGGCCUCCAUCACCAGCGUCUGA